AUGUCAAAGGAAGCAAAAGGGGUGUUGGCAGCUUCGAUAGUUGACGCCAUUAAGGCCUCCUGCAAGUGCAGGUCCGAUUCAUCAGGUCCGUUAACCGAGCGUCUUCAUUCUUUGGGAGCUGCUGCUGCUGCUGCUAGUGUUGCUGAUACCAGAGGAAAGCAUAGGAUACAAGCAGAGCUCAAACGAAUCGAGCAAGAAGCUAGAUUCUUAGAGGCAAAGCUGGAACAACUUGAUAAGUUGGAGAAGGCCUCAACUGCAUGCAAAGAAAUGCUAAACAAUGUGGAGAGUAGACCAGACCCACUACUGCCAAUGUAA